AUGGAUCAUUCCCAGCUGGCCGAUCUACUAGCCCAAACACUGCCUCAGAAGGCUUCUAAUGCUUCUGUCAAUCGAGUUCAAUCUCUGUCACCGCGACAAGCGUUCCAGUCUCACGUUCGGACCGUGAAUGGCAGGUCGUCCGCAACCACCAAGCCAUCGCCGUCGGCGCUUCGCUCGCCCGAACUUCAACAGUUCUCGAACCUGCACGUCGAAUCUACAGGGCCUCCCCCACGUAGCCCGGCACGUCAGACUCCGUUCUAUGGUUACACCGACGCGGAUCUGCAUAUUGCAAGAGACGGGCAGCCUGCAUUCGUGGCAGAGGAACGAGAGGCAUGGGCGAGACCUUCACCGCUGAGGAUACGCAAGAAGCCAUCCAACGAUAUUUACGUCCUCCAGCCGCCAGAACAAGAGACUCCUGUCAAGCAACCGAGCAAAGAGACUCGGGGACUUCAACAAUUUGGUCCUAUGAUCGAUACAGCAGACUUGAAUGAGAGACCGAAGACCAGCCGGGGACCAGACGCAGAGCGGGCUAGUAGUGAUACUCAUAAUGACGACGACAAUCACUCACAGCAGUUGCGGAACUCCAAAUUUGCUGAAGGGAGCAUGAGCCAUCGCUCUGCUGGCGUUUCGUCUACCUGGCACAAACACGGCUCCAUCAGCAGCCUGUCUGAUCUGUCUGAUGAUGAGGUCACGCCAAAAGCAUCUCCACAGCGCUCUUCUAUCGAUGUUGACGAGUUCAAGCCGCCAGCCGUCACUCCUUCCACUCUGAAACAGCGCCUGUUCAAGAUCGGUCCUACUUUCAAACACAACGAGAAAGGCGGGAAGACCGACGCGCCUUUGCCGGGUGAAAGGAAGAAAAAGGGCCUGCGCAAGAGCAUAUCAAUGUGGAAUCUCUCACAUAACGGCGACAAGAAGAAAGGUCGAGGUGCCGAUCCGGACCGUGAUCUGGCGGCACAAGUAGCGACCUCGAGCACACCGGCCCUAGUUGACAAGGAUACGCUCAACGAGCGCAAGAGAAGAGCUGAAGAAGCCUAUGCCCAACAGUUUGGCACGAAGAGACGCAAGUCGACUGGUAACCAGGUUCCUCUACCAGAACUGUCUAGACCACCACGGCCACUUCCUGUGCCUGAACUACCUCCCAAAACACCCCGAGUCCACAGACCCAAGCCUAGCUUGUCGUCCUCAGCGAUCGCCACGGACUCCGAAUUAUCCGAUGGCCCGAGUGGCAUCGACCACCAUAAGCGACCCAGUCGCCGCGAACUGGAGAAGGAAAAUCAACAACUGCGGGCGAUGUUGAAACAGCAGCAAACGCGACUUAAACCCGACUCAGCUGGCGUCGUUCCCCCAGUUCCAGCCGCUAGGACUCUAGAUGAUUUGACCAAUGACAUUGACCCGUCAAAGACCCGGUCUGCCAGCACUUCUGUGCGCAAACAGAAACUCCCACCAGUCCCGCCAGUGCCAGAUAGAGUCGCACUCCGGAACCUCAGUAACAUAAGGAACCAGCCCAAGAACAAGACCAGCAAUACUAAUACGCCUUCUCCAAACACUAAUCCGAGUGAGAAGAGUAAUGAACAGGGGAAUAUGGAACGGCGACCUCUGACCAAUAUCAACAUUGCAGGACUGUCUCGACCGGUCUCGGUUAUUUUAGAGGAAGACGAGGAAGCCAUUGAGAACAAGACGCCGACCCCGAGUCCAAAGAGGCGUGUGCUUGAACCUAGUUCGGUGGAAAAAAGAAAGAUCCGAGACCAGAUUGCGAUACAACUCAGAGGGGUGAGGAGAGAGCAGUGGGAGUGGCCCGAGGAUGUGUUUUGA